UAACUGGAUUUUUACUUCAUCUUCUUACAGUGUUGAGACUAAAGAUAGAGUUCUGUUUUGUGUGUGUGUGUGUGUGUGUGUGUGUGUGUGUUAUUGUUAUUAUAUAGAAACAAAACCCAAAGGCCAAAAGUUUAACAGAAGCUUCUUUUUCUUUGCUUCAUGAUCAAACCUCCAAUCUUUCUCUCAGUUUCAAUCUAAAAGAAACGAAAGCUCUUUCUUUUUUUUUUCAUUUGUUUUUGUUUUGUGGUUGAGCUCUGCUUUUACUUCUUGAUGUUCUCUUUUUGAUGUCUAAGCCAAUAGAGCACGAUUACAUAGGCUUGUCAGAGCAGCAGCUUCCUUCAAUGGAGAAAAGCUCUGAUGCUGGUAAUAAAAAGAAUGGUUUACACUUAAAAGCUACUGAGUUGAGACUCGGGUUACCUGGCUCCGAGUCACCAGAGAGGGAGGAUCAUGACCAUAAACUGCUUUCACUGAAGAGUUUUGUGUCAGGGGCGAAAAGGGGUUUUUCUGAUACACUCAACGGUGGCGGGAAAUGGGUUUUUGGUGGUGGGAAUGGAGGUGGAUCUGAAGGCUUGUUUUCUCCUAGAAGUGGCAGUAGUAAUGGAGGAAACGGUCUUUCCGGGUCGGAUUCGGGUGUGGGCGGUCCUGUUUUGAAGGAUGAAGCCGCUCAGAAGCCCGUGGUGGGUCAGGAGAAGAAGCCUCAGGUUGCCGGUGGUAGUGGCCAUGGGAAUGGGAAUAUUGCUCCUGUUUCAAACAGGGCACAAGUGGUUGGAUGGCCACCAAUUCGCUCUUUCCGGAAGAAUACAAUGGCUUCUCAUCCUCCGAAGAAUGAUGAUGAUGCAGAAGCCAAGUUGGGAUCAGGAUGUCUGUAUGUCAAAGUUAGUAUGGAUGGUGCUCCAUAUCUGAGGAAAGUUGAUCUCAAAUUCUACGGCAGCUAUAAAGAACUCUCCUCAGCACUUGAAAAGAUGUUCAGCUGCUUUACAAUUGGUCAGUGUGGUUCUCAUGGAGUUCCUAGCCGAGAUGGGUUGAGUGAGAGUCGAUUAAUUGAUCUUCUGCAUGGCUCCGAGUAUGUACUCACAUAUGAAGAUAAAGAUGGUGACUGGAUGCUCGUCGGUGAUGUUCCCUGGGAGAUGUUUACCGACUCUUGUAAGAGGUUGAGGAUCAUGAAGAGUUCAGAGGCCAUCGGCCUAGCCCCAAGGGCGAUGGAGAAGUGCAAGAAUCGUACCUAGACGAUUGGAUGCUGUUGUAAUUACUGAGGCAAAAGAUGGAGGUUGCUAGUUGCUACUAUCCGAAUGUCAAAGCCUUUUACUGCUAUCAAAACUGGGUCGUCUAUAUCCUCCUAAGUAUGUUUCUAAGCAUUGAACAAGUUAUGUACUGUAUAAGGGCUAAACAAAAAAGACUCCCUAGUAGGCAAUAUAUACUAUUUAGACAUAUCCCGGUUUUUAGGUUUGUUCUCUCCCUCAUGUUUCUGUCAUGUAUUUGAUUGUCGUCUCUGCUUAAGGCUACAUUGUUUCAUAUGUAAAUGGUUUGCUGCCUGUCUAA